GUUGUAGGUGGAAGCGCCAUCUGUAAAACGAUAAUUCCUUGUAAUUGUGCUUUGCUGUGGAGUUGAAGUAACGUUGUUCUGUAAUAAAUUGUGUCCCAUUGUUUUAACAGUGAUUCAGAAUGGUGUCCUUGAAUCCUGUUAGGAUCCUCAAGCAUGAGGCAGAAGAAGAAAAGGCAGAGAUUGCCAGAUUAAGUUUAUUUGUAGGAGCAAUUACUCUGGGUGAUUUGGUCAAAUCUACGCUUGGACCUAAAGGUAUGGAUAAAAUAUUGGUGGCGCACGGUCGAUCUGCAGGACAGGUUCAAGUCACCAAUGAUGGUGCAACUAUUCUCAAAAGCGUGGGUGUGGACAAUCCAGCUGCUAAAAUUUUGGUAGACAUGUCUCGUGUGCAAGACGAUGAAUUUGGAGAUGGAACCACAUCUGUUACAGUGCUUGCUUCUGAAUUAUUACGGGAGGCAGAGAAAUUGAUUGAUCAAAAGCUUCAUCCCCAAACUAUAAUUGCUGGCUGGAGGAAAGCCACUGAAGCAGCUCGAGAAGCUCUAUUGAGCAUUGCAGUAGAUUAUUCUGAUCAUCCUGCUCGUUUUCAUGAAGAGCUAUUAAAUAUUGCGCGUACAACGUUAAGCUCGAAAAUUUUGUCUCAACACAAAGAACACUUCAGCUAUCUUGCACUGGAAGCUGUGCUACGUCUCAAGGGGUCAGGCAAUUUGUCAGCUAUUCAAAUAAUUAAGAAACGCGGAGAAACCCUGGCAAAGUCUGAUCUUGUUAAUGGAUUUUUGUUGGACAAAAAGCCUGGAAUGCACCAACCACAAAGAAUGGUUGAUGCUAAAAUACUUAUAGCCAACACACCUAUGGAUACAGAUAAAAUCAAAGUAUUUGGAUCAAGGGUUCGAGUUGAUUCAAUGGCGAAAAUCGCGGAAUUGGAGGCAGCAGAAAAGGAGAAGAUGAAGGAUAAAGUCGACAAGAUCAUAAAGCACGGCUGCAACGUAUUUAUCAACAGGCAAUUAAUUUAUAAUUAUCCAGAACAAUUAUUUGCCGAUGCUGGUAUCAUGGCAAUCGAGCAUGCAGAUUUUGAUGGUAUCGAGAGACUAGCUCUAGUUACUGGCGGAGAGAUCGUCAGCACUUUCGAUAGCCCCGAAACUGUGAAACUUGGACGGUGUCAGCUCAUUGAACAAGUGAUGAUAGGUGAAGACACGCUGCUGAAAUUCUCCGACGUUGCUUUGGGAGAAGCGUGUACGAUAGUCAUCAGAGGUGCUACGCAACAAAUUCUCGAUGAGGCAGAAAGAUCUUUGCACGAUGCUCUCUGCGUAUUAUCAGCUACCAUACGCGAAAAUAAAAUUGUUUAUGGUGGAGGAUGCAGUGAAAUGGCGAUGGCUUGUGCCGUAAUGAAAGCUGCGGCCAGAACUGUUGGAAAAGAAGCAGUUGCAAUGGAAGCAUUUGCUCGAGCUUUGCAACAAUUACCCACUGUUAUCGCUGACAAUGCUGGCUACGAUUCAGCUCAAUUAAUUAGUGAACUCCGAGCUAUGCAUAAUUCCGGCGGAAAGACAAUGGGUCUUGACAUGGAAAAAGGAACAAUCGGGUGCAUGAAACGACUAGGUAUCACUGAAUCUUGGGUUGUAAAGAGACAAGUUUUACUUAGCGCAGCAGAAGCGGCAGAAAUGAUUUUGCGUGUUGAUGACAUUUUGCGAGCGGCGCCCAGAAAACGCGUCAAGGACUACGGACGUUGUUAAUUACGCAAACGCGCGUGUUCUUUCAUUGCUUUAAUUUUGUUUGCACCGCUUCUUCGUGAUACGAAUUCUCUAAUCAAAUGGUAAACAUUUUGAUUUCAAUUAUCAUUCACUUCGACAAUAGAUUAAUUGCGAAAUUAUCUAUAUAAACAUAUUGAUUCGGUUUCUGCAAUCACGUAAGUUGUCAUUUUAUACCGCGAAAUCUUUGUAUUAUCGAUCGAAAAAACACGUAAAGGGAUUAUAAAACAAUGAAAACGACUUGGGAUCAUCAUUUUUUUAUAACAAUACAAUAGGUUUAACAUCAAUAAAUGCUUUAACCUA